UCUCAGCUGUCAGACAGCCUCAGUCUGAAGUGGAGGCGCAAGCGGGAUCGGUUCUCUGUGUGCUUCAUCUGACGCCGCAUUUAAAGGACUUCCUGUGGCUUUCUGUUUCCACUCAGCGACAAGAGACGGCAGAAAGGAGGGGUUGAAAAAGGAAUAAGAUAUCCACUCAGAUUUGGCUUGUUGUUCUGCUUCUCGUCUAUUUCCUCCUUCCUGCCUUAAUGCCCACGGCGGUGUGGUCAGGACCAGAGGAGGAUGGGUCCGGCUGUGGAGGCUCAGGGCCAGAAGGCCGUGGAUGCCGAGCAAAAGCAGCAGCAGCAGCAGCAGCAGCAGUGCUACAUGGAGAAAGGGGUGAUGCUUGAGCCUUUCCUGCAUCAAGUGGGGGGGCAUUGCUGCGUCCUUCGUCUGGGGGAGCAGGCCAUCUGCAAACCCCUCAUCCCCCGCGAGCAUCAGUUCUACGAGAGUGUGCCUGCAGCGAUGAGGAAGUUUACCCCCCAGUAUCGAGGUGUUGUGUCAGUGAGCUUCGAGGAGGACGAGGAGGGGAACCUUUGCCUAAUUGCUUACCCCAUCCAGAGUGACCCAGCGGGGGAUCUUGAAAACAAGGACCCCUCGGCCGACAGCGGGCCCAAAUGCGAGAUGCUCAUGUGGGGGAAAAUGAUGGCGUCUUGGCCGCUUGUGGACAGCGAAAAUUACAGCAGAGAUUGCAGGAGCCGCCAUUCUUGUAAAGACCAGGACAAGAGUGUCCACAAGCUGGAGGAGGAGGCUGAGGUGCUCUACUACCGGCUGGAGCGCAGUCCCAGUAAUGCUGUACCUCAGCUCAAACACAACCCAUGGACCCAACAGCACCACCUGCAGAAGAUGAAGGACAAGGCCAUGCACUGCAACCAAUACAAAUUCAUCCUGCUGGAGAAUCUGACGUGGCGGCACACGCUGCCAUGUGUGCUGGACCUGAAGAUGGGCACGCAGCAGCAUGGAGAUGAGGUCCCCGAGGAGAAAAAGGCCAGGAAGAUGCGCAAGUGCCAGCAGAGUACAGCAUCUGUUUUAGGAGUCUGCCUCUCUGGCAUGCAGGUGUACCGGUGUGACACGGGCCAGCUGAUGUUCAUGAACAAGAUCCACGGCCGCAGGCUGUCCGUGCUGGGAUUCAAGGAGGCGUUGUUCCAAUUCUUCCACAGUGGACGGCGUCUGCGAAGCGAACUCUUCUCGCCGGUGCUGCGCAGGCUCAGGGAGCUGCAAGCCGCCCUGGAGACCUGCGAAUCCUACCGCUUCUACUCCAGCUCGCUGCUCAUCAUCUACGACGGAGCGCCGCGCCCAAAACGCAGCGAGGACGGCCUCUCAGACCAAGAGGAGGAGGAGAGGGAAGGCGAGGAGGCGGAGGCUGCGCCAGAGAUGGAGGAGGAAGAGGAGGGGGAGGUAGCCGGUCCACUCGGUUUUCCCCGGACGGCCCCCGCGUCCAGCGAUGGCAGCACCGGCGGCGGGGGAUCGGCGGUCAGCCAGGCUCGCUUGUCCCGCUCAGAUGACCGCUGCCCCUUGGUGGAUGUGAGGAUGAUCGAUUUUGCCCACACCACCUGCAGACAUUACCACGGGGACAGCGUGGUGUACGAGGGCCUGGACAGCGGCUACAUCUUUGGUCUGCAGCACUUGAUCACCAUCAUCUCCGAGCUGGAGAACCACAGCACAGACUGAAGACUGGCGUGACGCACACGCGCACACACGUCCAGCAGACACAGCAGACGCAGCUGCACAGGAGCACCGAGGACGAAGAGGAGGACUGGACCGCGGAAGCGAGAGGGAGAGAUUUCGCCUUUCCUCUUCAAAAAGGGACCUGGCCAGUCGUUGGACUCGGUUCCUGGUUCCGCCGCCGGUGCUUUUUUCCAUGUUCACGUUUUGUUUGUGUGUGUGUGUCCGUCUAUACAAAAGAGACCCGCACAUAACAUACACGAGCCAGCUCUCUGACUCAUCUCUGUAGACCGAUUCUGCACGCCGUCCGCUGUCAGACGGAGCCGACGGCUUCCCAGAUCGUGACUGUUGUAGUGAUUUAGCCGACGUCAUCGCUACGCUUAACGCGGUUUGGGCGGCGACUGAGAGCACUUUGAGACGGAACGGGAUGAAAUGUUUUUCCUUACGUCGGAUUCCAAAGAAGGCGUCAGCAACUUGCAGACACAAACGCGUGGUGUUGAACACGCGGGUGUUUGCGACGGCACGGGGUAAUGAGAGGGCACAGGGGUCGCGUGAGUAAGACGGAGCCAUUGGGAUGAGAGGUCGCCAGCCCACACCCUCCAGUCUGUUCUGCCUUCCUUCCUUCCCUGUUAAUCUCCACUCAAAGAGACUAUAUUCAUAUAAGUAUCAGGGACAGUUGAUAUAGAGUUAUUUCUUUAUUUGACAUGUUUCAUAUAAAAACAAAAAAACUAAAAGUCCAAAAAAGAAUGUUAACGAACAGUACUACAUUCCAUGUUAUUAAUGUUAUAAUAAUGAUUUUGUUAUUUGACAUAUUUGAUACCUCUAUCCUGUAUGUAUUUGCUGUCCACAGUUUGUUGGCAAGGAAAAUAAAGACUUUGGUUUCUGUCAA